AUGAGAAGGACGAAGGGAUCAUUGGCCUCAAUUUUCCGGGAAGCUGAUUAUAUUGAUAAAUUGUUGAUGUUCAUCGGCUUCUUAGGAGCUGUUGGCGAUGGGAUUUCAUUACCUUCCAUUAUCCUCUUCUCCAGCAAAAUUUUAAAUGAUUUCGGCAGAGCCACUGCUGGAAGUCAGAACUCAUUUCCAACAUUAACAAGCACUUUGCUUCUCUGCUAUGUAGCAUUCGCACAGUGGAUUGCUUGCUUUUCAGAGAGGCAAGCGUCCAGAUUGAGAGUAAGAUAUUUGAAGGCGGUUCUUAGGCAAGAAGUGGGCUACUUCGAUAUACAUGUUAAAAGCACAGCUGAUAUCAUCGAAAGCGUUUCGAAAGAUUGUCUUGUAAUUCAGGAAGUUAUCAGUGAAAAGGUACCAGUUUUCUUGAUGCACCUGUCAACUUUUGUUGGUGGCUAUGCUGCAGCAUUCAUAAUGUCAUGGAGGUUAGCGAUAGUAGGAUUCCCGUUGGUAGUACUUCUGGUUGUACCCGGAAUGGUGUACGGUAGAGUUCUGAUGGGUAUCGCCAGAAACAUGAGGGAAGACUACAGUAAAGCUGGUGUAAUCGUGGAGCAAGCAAUUUCUUCGGUCCGGACAGUUUAUUCCUUUGUCGGGGAGACCAAAACUGUGGCAGAGUACUCUGCUGCUCUGGAGGGAACCUUUAAACUAGGACUGCGACAAGGUUUAGCAAAAGGUGUAGCCAAUGGGUGUAAUGGCAUAGUUUUUGCAAUUUGGUCUUUCAUGUGUUAUUAUGGCAGCAGAAUGGUUAUGUACCACGGUGCUAAAGGAGGAACGGUAUAUUCAGUUGGUGGUGCCAUGGCCAUUGCUGGAUUAUCAUUAGGUCAAGGUUUACCCAAUGUUAGAUACUUAUCGGAAGCCAGUGCAGCUGUAGAGAGGAUGAUGGAAAUCAUAAAAGGAGUGCCAAAGAUUGAUAUUGACAACAUGGAAGGUGAGAUCUUACCAAAUGUUUCCGGCGGUGUUGAGCUGAAGGAGGUCAAAUUCGCGUACCCAUCCAGGCCUGAAAGCAUAACAUUGGAGGGUUUUAACCUUAACAUCCCAGCAGGGAGGACAGUUGCUCUGGUGGGAAAAAGUGGAUCUGGAAAAUCAACGGUGAUUGCCCUGUUGCAGAGGUUUUAUGACCCAAUUGGAGGGGAGAUUUAUCUGGACGAAGUGGCCAUUAGCAAGCUGCAGCUCCGAUGGUUAAGGUCCCAGAUGGGAUUAGUGAGUCAAGAGCCUUCACUUUUUGCAACAACAAUUAAGGAAAACAUACUUUUCGGCAAAGAGGAUGCAACCAUUGAAGAGAUUGUUGAAGCUGCUAAAGCUUCUAAUGCCCACAACUUCAUCAAUCAGUUGCCUCAGGGUUAUGAUACUCAGGUUGGGGAAAGGGGGAUUCAGAUAUCCGGUGUACAAAAGCAGAGGAUAGCCAUAGCAAGAGCCAUAAUUAAAUCACCAAAAAUUCUACUCCUGGAUGAGGCCACUAGUGCACUUGAUAUGGAAUCGGAGAGACUUGUCCAAAAAGCUCUAGACAAGGCAGCUGUUGGGCGUUCCACAAUCAUGAUAGGUCACCGGUUAUCAACCAUCCGAAACGCUGAUCUCAUCGCCGUGGUCCAAGAUGGUCAAGUCAUGGAAAUCGGUUCUCAUGACCAACUGAUUGCUAGAGAUGAUGAAAAGAGUCUCUACACAUCACUUAUCCGCCAUGCUGCAUCUGAUGGUGGUAAUUCAGUAUCCAAUCUAGAUGAUAGCAAGCGCGACACGACGAGUAGGCGAAGCCGGCUGUCGGUUGAUCCUGUAGGUGUAGGGGAUUCAGCUGGUUCAAGCAGCAACAGAGGAGAGAAGAAUGUGAUAGUUUCAAGAGAUGAUCAAACUACACCAGCAGUACCAGCACCACCCUCAUUUGGAAGGCUACUGUCGAUGAAUUCGCCCGAAUGGAGGCAAGCACUCGCAGGUUGCCUAAGUGCUCUCCUUUUCGGCGCAAUCCAACCGGCGUAUGCAUAUGUGUUGGGGUCAAUGAUAUGGGUGUUUUUCUUGCCGGAUCAUGAAGAAAUGAAGAGAAAGAUCGAGAUAUAUGCCUUGUGUUUUUUGGGGUUCGCCGCAUUGUCGCUUUUAAUCAACAUAUGUCAACACUACAACUUUGCAGCCAUGGGAGAGCACUUGACCAAGAGGAUAAGAGAAAGAAUGCUGUCAAAGAUCCUCACUUUCGAUCUGGGAUGGUUUGAUAAAGAUGAAAAUGCUACAGUUGCCAUUUGUUCGAGACUAGCAAAUGAUGCCCAUGUGGUAAGAUCGUUAGUUGGUGAUCGAAUGUCACUCCUGGUCCAAACUGUUUCAAUGGUGACUAUUUCUUUCGCAAUGGGGAUAGCUAUUGCGUGGAGACUGGCAUUGGUCAUGAUCACAGUUCAACCCUUGGUUAUCAUCUGCUACUACUGGAGGCGUGUUCUUUUCAAAACCAUGUCCCGAAAAUGUGCCCAAGCUCGAGAACAGAGCGGCAAGAUUGCGGCAGAGGAGGUGUCUAACCUUCGCACCGUCGUCGCCUUCAAUUCCCAAUCCCGGAUCCUCCACAUGCUUGCAAAACAACAAGAAUCCCCGCGGCGAGAAAGUAUCCGGCAGUCGUGGUUUGCCGGAAUUGGGCUCGGCACCUCCAACAGUCUCGUGACAUUGAGUUGGAACUUUCAUUAUUGGUAUGGUGGGAAGCUCAUGGGAGAUGGAUUACUCAAAACAAAAGAAUUUCUGGAAACCUUCAUAAUUUUGGUGAGCACCGAACGGGUGAUCGCCAAUGCAGGAGCAAUGACAAAUGAUCUUGCCAAAGGAUCCGACGCUGUAAGCUCCGUCUUCGCUAUUCUAGACAAACACUCUGCAAUUGAACCGCAAGACCCCAAGGGGGAACAAAUCGAUAAGAUAACAGGCGGUAUCGAGCUGCGUGACGUGGAUUUCGCUUACCCUUCUAGGCCAGAGGUAAUGAUCUUUGAAAAAUUUUGUCUCAGAAUUGAGGCAGGAGAAUCGACAGCAUUGGUUGGGCAAAGUGGUUCCGGGAAAUCAACUGUAAUCAACUUGAUCGAGAGGUUUUACGACCCACUCGCCGGAGCGGUGAACAUCGACGGCCGGGAUAUAAAAUCAUACCAUUUGAGAUCCCUGAGGCAACACAUUGCACUAGUAAGCCAAGAACCGGUAUUAUUUGCGGGUACCAUACGACAAAAUGUCGCAUUUGGUGGAUCUUCAGAGCACGUCGACGAAUCGGAGAUAAUCGAGGCCUCUAAGAUAGCUAAUGCCCAUGAUUUCAUUACCGGGUUGAAGGAUGGAUACAAUACGUGGUAA